AUGGACGCGCCCGGCCAGCGGCCCGCCGGCCCCCGAGCCGGCCCGGAGGGCGCGGCGGCGGAACGGGACCCGAGCCCGAACCCCGGCCCGGAGGCGCCCGGCCGGGAGGAGGAGGAGGCGGCGUACGUGGAGAUCCGCGGCUCGCCGCAGGGGCCGGAGGAGAGCCGCCAGAAGCCCGAACCGGCCCCGGCCGGCGGCGCGGAGGGAGCGGCCGGGACCGCACCGGACGGAGGAGCCGGUGGGAGCCGGGAUGGCGACUCGGCGAGCGGCGGACCCCCGGGGGAAGGAGAGGGGCCAGCAUCCUUGGACCGCGGGCGGGAUCGCCCUCCUUCCCGGGCGGCGGCGGAAUGCGGCGCUGACGCCGGCCCCGGCCCCGUGGAAGCGGCGGGGAGCGGCGGGACGCCGGAGGCGGGGGGCUGCCCGGAGUCCUCCUCCUCCUCCUGCCCUUCGCCCGCGACCAAGGCGGACGGCUCUCCCGCGAUGGGCGACCCGGUAUCGACGGAGGGCAAAACCUCCUCGUCCUCCUUCGGCUACGAGAGCGAAGUGGAGGAUGAGGUCGCGGGGCGCAAGGCGACUCCCCCCGGCGCCCCCCCGGGCACCCCUCCCGGCGGCGGCCGCGACGAGGCGCACUAUAUCAGCACGCAGGAGAUCCAGCUCAGCGAGGUGGACCACGACAUGGACUUCGACGCGGGGCUGGCCGCCCGCUGGGACUUCGAGGAUAACAACGUGAUCUACUCCUUCGUUGACUACGCCUCCUUCGGGAGCGACGAGACCCCGGCGGACACGCUGACGGAGGAGGAGGAGAACAGCUGCUACCUCAGCACGACCACCAGCGACCCCAACAACCAGACGGACAGCAUCGACAACACCAGCAGCACCGAGAUCGUCAGCCUUACCUCCGAACACGACACCCCCGGCGGGGACAAGCGCGCCAGCUCGGGGGAAAGCCGGUCCAAGCAGCCCGGCCGCCCCGCCGGGAGCCCGGGCGCCCAGCUUCUCCUAUCAAUCAAAGCCGCUUCCCGGGCUAUAAAUGAGUCUAGCAACGUGCACGGAAAGCAAAACACCGUUUACGCUGCCAAGCAUGAAGGCGACAUGAGUCUCCGCGUCGCCGCGGCUCCCGACCUCAGCGCGAGUUUAAAACAGGAUGCGCUCCGCGACCACGCGAAAAAGUUCAUCGCGGUGCCCGCGCGGCUGCAGACGCGGUGCGGGGCCGCCAGGGCAGGGGAGCACUCGAGCGGCGCCUCCAGCGCCGUCAGCGAGCUGGACGAUGCCGACAAGGAGGUGCGAAACCUUACGGCCAGGGCUUUCCGCAGCCUGGCGUACCCCUAUUUCGACACCCUCGGCCCCGGCUCCCGCGCCUCCUCCGCCUCCCUGUCCGACAACGCCCUGGGCAUCAACCGCUGGUCCACCUACCUGGACCUCAAGUGCGGCGGUCUGGGGCCGAGAGCCGAGCCCGGCCUGCUGCGCUCCGGCCGCUCGCAGAGCAAAGCCCUUGAGUUCGUGGUCAGCAAGCUCGACGGGGAGAUCGCGCACGUCGAAACGCCGCGGCGGCUGCGGGCGGGCUCCAGGGUGGUGACCCUGCUGGACCUCGGCGACGCCGCCGAGGCCGGGGAGCCGCCGGCGGCGGAGGGCGGCGGGAAGGGGUCCAGCAAGAAGUCCAGGUUCGCCUCCAGCCUCCUCAAAAACGUCAUCUCCAAGAAGAUGCAGCUGGAGCACGAGUUCAAGAUGGAGCGGGGCGAGAUCACCGACACCUCCUACACCGGGCCGGGCGCGGGCCGGGAGCCGGAACCCGGCGGCGGCAGCGCCGGCCGGGAGCGGGAGCGGCAGCGGGAGGGCGGCGUGCAGCGGCAGAGCUCCCGGCACUCGGAGGGCGGCUCGGACUGCGCCGCGGCGCCGGCGGAGGAUGCGGGCGAGGGCGGCGGGGGCCGCUCUCCGGCCUCCAAGGCGUCGACGCCCCGCGAGGGGAACCGCAGCCUGGACCGGGCGCUGGCGGAGGAGCCGUGCGAGGUGAAGCGCAGCGCCUCGGAGGCCAUCAAGGCCACCUUCCUCCGCAGCCAGAACAGCGCCUUCAGGUCCUGGAAGGAGCGGGAGGCAGAAAGGAAGGAGGAGAGGGCGCCCGUCGGUAAGCUGAAACUCUCUCCCAAGCAGGACUGGCGAGCCGACUUGGGCGAGAUCUCUGCCGGCAAGCCCACCAAGAUGUCCCGCCUGUUCGUCCCCGCCAUUCAGCACACCCCUCGGGAGAAGGAACCCGGCAAGAGGGCGACCAAGUGCUCCGCCGCGGCCGCCGCCGUCUCCUCGCCCGCCGCCGGCGCCGCCGUCUCGCCCCCCGCCGCCAAGCCCAAAGCCCCCGAGAUCAAGAUCAGCCUGGGCAGCGUGCAGCAGCCCCGGGACGCCGCUUUCAGCAUCGCCCAGCUGCUGACGCCGCAGAUCGCGGGCCGGCCGCCGGAGGAGGGCAAGGGGCAGCCGCUCAAGCCUCUCAAGGCCGGCGACGGCCCCGACAAAGUGCCGCAGUUCCUGGUGCGCGACGUGAGGGACAGCAAAUACAGAGCCCAGGGGAUCCUCCACCAGGUGCGGGACGUGCGGAAGCUCAUCAAGAGCUCCUACAGCGCUGACUCGGGGGAUAACAGCAGCGACAAGGGCAGCGGCGCCUCCGAGCAAGGCGGCGCGGAGCUGAAGCCCCGGCAGCAGCUGGUCAUCGCCGGUGUCCCCCGGUCGCUCUCCCCCGUGGUCAUCACCUGCCAGGCGGUCGGCCACGCCGGCACCAAGCCCACCGAGGCGGGGGCCAAGGCGGCGGGCAGGGCGCCCGCCUGCCCCCCGGAGGGCACCGUCCUGGUGCACCGCACCUCGGGCAGGCUGCCGGUGGCCACCAUCGCCCCCAAUAAGAGCGAUGCUCGCCAGCCGGCCGUGCUCAAGAUCGUCUCCAAAUCCUCCGCGCCCUGGCGGCACCAGCCCCCGCCGCCGCCGCCCGCCGAGAGGGGCCGGGGACCGGAGGAGGACCCGCGGGAGGAGAGCAAGGCGGCUCCGGUGCAGAACGCGCUGGAGAAGCUGACGGCGGCGGUGCGGAGCAUGGAGGAGCUCUACAGCUUCAACAAGCGCGAGUGGAAGCGCAAGAGCGACCCUCUCCCCAUCACCGACAGCCACGUCCUGUCCCUUAUCGCCAGCCAGGAGCGGGACGCCGGGUCCCGACCCGCUGCCGCUCCGCCCCCGCCGCCGCCGGCGGACAAGGCGGAGGAGUCGUCGGGCAAGGGGCCGAGCGGCGAGCGGCUGCCCCGCCGCCUCUCCAACAGCGCCGCCGACAAGGUCUCGGCCAAGGCGGCCGCCUUCGAGAGCCUGGCCCGGCAGCGGCAGCGCGGCCCGCCGGCGCCCCGCGCCGAGCCCCCCGCCGCCCCCCGCGCCCUCCUGACGCUGCGCGGGGCGGGCGGAGCCGCGGCCCCCGCGCCGGCCAAGGCUCCCUCCGAGGGCCCGCGGGGCCCGGCACCGCCGCGCUCCCCUCGGCUGCCCGCGGGCGGCGGCGGCGGCGAUGCGGAGCGCGGCCCCGACUGCGGGAACUAUCUGUCCCUGCCGCUGAAGGCGCCCGCCGAGCCCGGCUCCCCCCCGUCCCCGGGGGCGGCGGCGGGAGGCGGCGUCCGCCCCAGCCCGGCGGCGGCGGCGCUGUGCGGCCUGCAGCCCUUCGGCACGGCCAAGCCCCCCGGCGGCCCCAGACCUCCGCCCGGACCCCCGCCGGCCGAGGAGACCCCCGCCGCCGCCCCGCCGCCCGCCGAGGGUCCGCCCGCCGCCCUGUACCGCCCGCCGCUGCCCUUCGCCGCCCUGCCCGGCGCCGCGCCGCCGCCGCUGCUCUGCUUCUCGCCCUCCGUGCCCCCCGCGGCCGCAGCGGCCGAGCCCUUCCCGCAGACGCAGCGCAAGGUGCUGCUGGACGUGAGCACCGGGCAGUACUACCUGGUGGACGCGCCUGUGCAGCAGCCCCUCAAGCGGCGCCUCUUCGACCCCGAGACCGGGCAGUACGUGGAGGUGCCGGUGCCCCAGCAGCCGGCCGUCGCUCCCGUCCCGCUGCCUCUGUCGCCCCUCGCCCUCAAUGCCGGCGCCUACGGCGCCGCGUACAUGCUCUACCCCGGGCUCCUGCCCGCCGCCGCCGUGCUGCCCGCCGGAGCCCUGCAGCGCCCGCUGUCCCACCCGGGCAGCGACGCCGGCGCCCCGGCGGAGCCCGGCAGCCCCGCCGCGCCGGAGGCGGCUUUUGCCGAGAGCCCCUACUACGUGGCCACCGGCAAGGGCCCGCCGCCGCCGCGGCACGGGGCAGCCGAGGCGAAGCCGGUGAUCAGCAUCACGGCGCCGGCCACCGGCCCCCGGAUCGUCGCGCCGCCCUCCUUCGACGGCACCACCAUGCGCUUUGUGGUGGAGCACCGGUGAAGAGCGAGGGGAAAGGAAGAAGAAUUAUGCUUCUUUAAUUUGAAAUACACUUGGUAACCCUUCAACAUUAAUUCUAAAAACUGCUUCUACAGUUUUCUCAAUUUUUUUGCUUCAUCGUACAAAACAAGCGUGGAAGUUUCUUGUUUUCUCCUAAGUGCCCCCCUGUUUUGGAGUAUGCCUACAUUUAAUUAUGUGAGCAACACUAAAUUACUGCAUUAUUUUGUGCAAAGUUCUUUUUGUACUGAAGCAGCUCUGCAGGCUUUAGGCGUUGUCUCUGUGCCGGUAGGUAAUGGUAGCGAUGCCACUACAGCUGUUUGUAAAAUGCAGGGUGUAAAUGCAGCAGUGUUUCAGUGUGGAUCACCACACAGCUUCAUUCAGGUCCCAAGAAUGUGUUGUGAUAUCCAGUGCAGCCCUGCAGCUCUUCAAAAAUGAAAGAAAGCCCUCAGCUCUCUCCUGUUGCAGUAAAGGAGGGUCCUCCAUACUCUGUAAAUGUCAGAAAACACAUUUGAUUGCUUUCAUUUUUUUGUUUGCUCCUCUGUACUGUGUUGAAUAUCACAAGUUGCCUUAAUUAUGACAGGGUUUAAAUACUGGGAAACCAGAAAUUGAAUGUAAUAUUUUAAAAUCCUGGUUCUAAAGGAGAGAACAGCAUUUCUUUUUCUCUAAGACUGCAGUCUAUUCCUUCUUAAAUUGCAACAUUGUUGAAAACAUAAUCCUAAUCACUGCCCUGGCAGAGGAAUUCCUAAAUGUUACAGAUCCAGUACUGCAUAGUUGUUUCUUUAGCUGUUUGACAGGUUUAUCAGGUUUACCAAAUUGUUAUUACAAUUUGGUAAGAAAAUAUUUACCUUUUGAACGAGUAAAUAUACAAUAAGAUUACUGGCAGUGCAGUGAUUUAUAUGUCCAACUCUGCUCAAAUUGAUUGUUUUACUGCCAGCAACAAGUUUGUCUCAGGAAAAGAUAAUUAUGACAGUAAAACUUAAAUUUAAUAGUAUUUUCACUGCCCAAAAUUUUGGUUAAGUGAGGCACUUUGGGAAGCAAAUAAAUGUAAGGGCAAACCUAAAUUAUAGAACAGAAAACUUUCUUGAGGUAACAGAUCAUAAUUUUAAAGUCUAAAUGCAAACCCCAAAGUCUUUAGGCAUUUGCCCACAGGCAGGAUUUUCUUCCACCUGUUCUUGAGGUUUCCUGCAGCUAGGGAAGUUUCAGUGUUUCCCGUUUUUAAAAGAAGCCCUGGGUUUUCAUUUUCCCAGGUAACUCACAGGGUGCAGAAAACUCAGGUAGAACUGCCUUUAGCCAUUGUGUGAGAUCGUAUUUCAAUGCAAUUUAUUUGUUUACAGGCACAACCUCAGGAUGAAAUGCACUACAGGUGCGCAGAUAGCGAGUGAUUUCUCACUCAUUUUCAUCACUGUGGAAAUCCAGUGAAUAUUCUAACCCUUUCUAAAGAGCUUGGUGUGCCCAGCUAGAGCACACAUCAUGUAAGGGCUAAUCCCUGUGCUCUUCAGCUGUACAUUCUGCAUUACAAACUUUAACUUCCCACUCGGAUAGGAGCUGACUGCCUCUUAAAGGAGAUGAAUGCUUCUCCACCUUUCUCCUGACUGAUAAAUCCGUAGGUGUUGUGAUUAGAGUAUCAGUGUUGAACAGAACAGUACUUGGGACUGCAGGACAGUGCAGGUACCAGAGUAGAUGAUUCCCUGUGACACACACGUUGCAGGACAUUUGGUAUAAUACUAGCAUCCCUGUUCCAAAAUGUUCCUGUCCUACCUUUUCCAGUAUCGGUGCUCGGAGUGGAGUUUCACGUUGCAGUUUACAAGAUAUAGGUUUGCACACACAACCUCAGGUUUACAGUUUCACCCGGUGUACUUGAAAGGGAAAAAAAAAAAAAAAAAAAAAAAAAAAAAGCAUAGAAAACAAGUGCCCAGGAUUUCAACAUGUAUUUGUUGGAGGAAAAAUUUGCAGGUUUGUUUGGUUUUUUUAUUUUUUUCACUGCCUGUGGAGAUGAAAGCAAUGAAAUGAGGGAAUACCAACAGCUAUUUAUUUUCUCAGGGGAGAUUACUUCAGUGAAAUGUGUCAAUCCUAAUGUCAAACAGUGUUUACUUGAUUUUGUCUGUUACUAAAAAGACUUCUUGUUUGCAUCAAGGGGUCAGUUUUGCAAGGUGCUUCGCUUCACAAACCCAGCAAAGCAUGUAUCUCCAACUUCAGAUAUCUGAGCAGAUUCCUGGGGACUUCAGUGGAAGGAUUUUUUCCUUCAGCCAUCUGUGCAAAGCUUUGCUGAACUCAUCCCAGAGUGCUGAGUGCCUUGCAGACCUGAGCACCAGAACCUUCACUUUACAGAACCCGAGCUCUGGGCUUGAGUCAAGCCAGACCCAGCAGAUAACGCCACAAAAGGUCACCAGAAAAAAACUCUGGUAAUAUGGUGCUCCUCCACGUAUACCCAGUGGUGAAUUUCUCCAGUGGAUGGGGUGAUGUGUAACCACAUAUCUUGGAUUAGAGUCAAGCCCUCCAAGUCAGGGCUCGCAAGCUGCUAGUAUUAUAUGUUUCACGGUGCAGUCAUAGUAUGUUACAGCUGAAAUUCACCCCACGUGCAAAGCAAGGCAAAAUCCUGUGCCCCACUCAAGUUCCCUCCCAGCCCUGCUGUCAGGGUCUGAGGGCUGCACCAGCCAACUGCCCGUGCAUUUUAGGUCAGGUUCCAAUUAAAAGUUUGAGCGGGACUGGAGUGAUGCACCAGGAUGUUGUUCUGUUCUUUUGCAACAGGGUUGGUUUCACUCAGUAUCAAAUUUAGCCCUUGGUGAAUCAAUUGGUGAAUUAUUUGAAAUGUAUUUAUGGGUUGUGUGGGGUGUUUUCCCCCCUCGUCUGCUUUCAAUGCUACCUUUAUUCUUUAGUGUUGAUGGCCAAAGUGUCAUUCCUUAUGCUUAUAUAUUGCCAUUAACUUGUGGCCUAAGAACCUGAGAACACAUACUUCAAAAAGGCUUGUGCUUUUUUUUCACCUAUUUCUUUUUUAAAAAAUUUCGUCCUUUUUUUCCUCCCCUUUCUUUUUCCUCUCAUUUUUAAAGAGGUGGGUUAGUUAUCGGUGUAAAGAUAUUUAAAAGUGCAAAUGUGAAGUAAGGAUAAUGAUUGUUAAGAGGAUGUGGGUGGUAUGUCUGAUGAGAAAGGGGUGGGCUGUAAGGCAAAGGGGAAAAUGCCGUGAACGCAUCGUGUUGAUGAUUGCUGCCUGUGGAGGAAGAAUUGAGAAACAGAAGAUGUAUAACUGGAGAGAAAUGGACUCUUUGAGCUGCUCUCAACGGAGACAACACUGUGGCAAGUGCGCAGCUGAAAGCCGAAGUGAUCCCACUGCAGGGUGCCGCGGGUCUGGGAUGGAAGGACGGCGGAGUCGCUCUGGGAAUUGCACAGUGGGAACUCUUCAGUGCGUCACAGCCACGGGAGAACAGACUGUCUGAAACCGCUAAGUACCAAAGUUUGUCACUGAAUGAGCUGGCAUUUGUAUUAUGUUGGGGUUUGUUUUGUUGUUGUUUUUUUGUUGUUGUUGUUGUUGUGUUUUUUUUCUUGAC